AUGCCCGUGCCUGGGGGAGCCUCGGGCGGCGACGCGGGAAGCGGCCUGCUCCUGCACUGGGGUCGGUCGGCCCCUGCCUCCUGCUCCUCGCCCUCCGCGUUCUCCCCUCGCCUCCUUGUCCUCCUCCUCCUCCUCCUCCUCCUCCAGACGUCUCCUCCUCCUCCUUCUCCUCCAGUCGUCUCCUCCGUCCUCCGUCCCCCUCCUCCCCCUCCCGCUGCUGUCUCCCCUGCGGAGGGGCGAAUCGGGCCCACGGCCGAUCCACGUCCCGUCCCCCAGCCGUGCUCCAGGUCCCGAGGCAGGCCCACGGAUCGGACGGCGCCGGGGGCCAACUGCGCAGGCUCCCGCGGAGCAGGCGCGCCGAGGGUGCCCGGGUCCCUGGCCUCCUCCCGCAGGAACAGCGGCGCAGGGCGCAGGGGGCGUGGCCGUCUUCGGCGUGGCGGCUGCUCCCCGCCGAGCAAGAGCGAGCGCGACUUCGACCUCGGCAGCGUCGCCUCCGAGGACGACGACUCCGAGCUGCCAGCCGAGGUGCCACGGCUCCUGGAGAGGAUGAAUAGGGCCAGCGAAGAGGUGAAUUGCUUCGAGACGCUCGCUGCAGAGGCGAGGGCGCGCUACAGGAGGCGCGUGUUGCGGUUCGAGCGGCUGUACGCCAGGAUGCGCGGGGAGCACGGCGUGGCUUUCGACUCCGCGAAGCCGUUGUUCCGCGAGGCGGCGCCGCGCCGCGUGGACCACGGCGGCCCGGCGGCGGAGGAGCUCGCGGCCUGCUUCCGGGCGCUGCAGCGCCACCACGCCGGCCUGGCCCGGGAGCAGGAGCUCAUAGACAGGCUGACCCGGCGUGGGCGCGCCGCCAAGGGCGCGUACCUCGCGUCGAUGCGGCAGCUGGAGGCCAUCAGCGAGAGGGAGCACGCGCGCAGGCGAGGCGCCCUAGGCGCCGCAGCGGAUGUGGUGGCGUGA